AUGACCCAAAAGCGGCAACCUUGGACCAUCGAUCCGGAGCUGGACGGGAUCGACCUCGAUGCGUCCGACUUCGCCGCUUCCUUGCCCCUCAAAAAGGUUCCAAACGGCGACGUAUUCGAGGCCUCACGUGCCGGCGACGUUGACCGCCUCAGCUACCUGUUAGAGUCCGGAGUCAACGUGAACGCACGUGACCAGUGGGACUCGGUGGCUCUCUACUACGCGUGCCUCGCCGGACACCUCGAGGCGGCUCGCAUGCUGCUCGAGAAUGGCGCGAUAUGCUCGGAGCACACCUUCGACGGCGAUCGCUGCCACUACGCCGCGCUUAAUUUGAAGGUGAGGAAGCUCUUGAAGGCGUUCGAGGCCAGGCCGCCGCCUUUGAGCCCCUUGCAGGCCGCCAUGAGAGAGACCUUCUUGGGAUGUGGGGCUAAUAGUGCCUAUUUGGAGCAGGCUGAUAAUACCCAGUUCCAAAUUUCAGGUCUUCAAUCCAACGAUGGAACCAAUUCCAACUACUUCACUCCAGAUGUGGUAUUUUUUGUUCAAGGUAGACCCAUCGAAGCUCACAGAGUCAUCCUAAGUGCUCGGUCACCAUUUUUCAGAACAAAGUUUGUGACUGAUUGGAAACAACGCAAAGAAGUAAGAUUUGCGAGGGAAAAGUUGUCAUAUCCUGCCCUAUACAGUCUCAUCCACUUCUUUUAUUCUGACAGACUAGAGGUUGCUGUAGAUGAUAUGGAGGAUAUUGUGAGGAUCUGCAAAGUAUGUAAAUGUGAAUCUUUACAAAGGAUUCUUGAGAAAGAACUGAUUCACCAAAAAUAUGCCGAGUACAAAGCAUUGAGAGACAUAGACAGCUCUAAAAAGCGGUUCAUCUUACAAGGCCUGUCUCUUCCUGAAGAAGAUCAGCUUCCUGCUGGCUUGCACAAUAUCCUUCAGAUUUCCCUUGCCAAUUCCACCCUGGAACCCAACCUAGACAAUGGGGUGAACAAUUUAACAUCUUGUGUUGGUAUGAUGCAAAUCAGUGAUUUUGAAAAUGAUCUUGCGGAUGUUUGCGUAAGAGUUGAUAAAAAGAAUUUCCGAUGCCAUCAAGUGGUUUUAGCAUCAAGGUCGGAAUAUUUUAAAGCAAGAUUAUCCCGUAUGAAGGACUUUCAUGAAGGGAAAAAUGAUCUACCCGUUGAUACUCUUCCAAUUCUUGAGGAACAUGAUUUGAGCUCUGAAGCAUUUGAGAAAAUGAUAGAGUAUAUGUACACUGACAGAUUGAAGGAUAUAGAACCUGAUCAGGCUGGGGAAAUAUUUGAUGCCGCAUCUAGAUAUCUAUUAUUUCCUCUUAAGCGUGCUGUAGCUGAUGUAUUACUGCCACACCUGGAAAGUGCCUCACCUGCAGAAAUGUGCCAUUGGUUGAUAUUGUCAGACAUGUAUAAUGCUCCUUUAAACCCUACCCCAAAUUUCUCUCUCUCUGAAAUUCUGGUCAAUAGCUAUAGUUAA